CUGAACAAUUGUCAUUUGUCAAUGCUAUUGUCAAACUUAGAAAAUGGCUGAGGCUUGUCAGAUAGCUCGAAAACAAGAUUUGCCUCCUCCGGGAGGCUAUAAGCCUAUUCCAUUUAAAAGACUGCCGGCGAAACAAUACUUUAGUGGGUAUGCUAUGUUUGCUGGCUAUGCUGGCAUGACCCUUGUGUCUAUAUAUUUGUACAAUAUAACCAAUAAACAAAUCACUAAAAAUGAAAUUGAAAUGCGCUCUGCCAAAAUGGCCAUAUAUCCUAUGUUGUUGGCUGAAAGAGAUAGAGAAUACCUGAAACAGCUACGCAGGAACCGCGACGCUGAAGCAGAACUUAUGCGUGAUGUACCUGGAUGGGAGGUUGGUACUUAUUACGGUGAGCGUGUAUACAAGCUGCUGCCACCAGAUGCUCUAGUGGAGCCCAUCUUCCAUGAAUACUAUGCACACAGCUCUCCAGUCGAAUGGUUCAAGAGGGCUUACAUCAAAUUGCAGUCUUAAUUGCUUCUUUUAAAAUAUUCAUAUGUAAGUUGGAUUUUAUAUAAGUCAGUUAUUUAACUUUGAAGAAGCAAGAGUAGAUGAAAACUGUUUUUUAAUGACUGACUUAAAUACAUAAAAGGUAACUAGUUGCAAUUGGUGUGAACACAGUUUGGUAUUCAUGUUUUGAACUAAAACAAUUUGUUGUAGUUGCUUAAUAAAGGCAUAUUUAUUA